UUAAAUCAUAAUUAAGCGAUUUUCUGUUUUGUUUUGCUCGCUGGUAUCUUGUUGCGUGGCUACUCACUCUCGAUUAGUAUUGUGCGCGCAAUUAACACAGAAAUUUGCUAAAGUUAGCUAUCAAAACAAGUGCUGCAAACUUUUUGUCUUUUUGUGUUAUCAUAAAUGUCUCUAAGGGUUUUUGUAGUAACCGCAGAUCCAACUAUCGCGGGAACUGUUGGAUUUUAGUCGCCUCUUACGACUCUCACUCCUUAUCAAGUGUAAAUUCUUGAUCCUAAAAACCCACAGGGGUGGUCAUGGAAGGUUAAUAUGUCACCAAGUGAUAAUACCCUAAAGCCCUUAAACUUAACUAUUAAGACAACAACCCGCUACAGCGAAGGUUCCUCGAAAAUUCGAUUUGUCCUUUAUGAGACCCAUGUGAAAUGCCUUAUGAAAAAUUCAAUAAAAAGCGCCGACAAUGGGAGGAUAAUGGAGUUUUAGAAUUAAUUAAAUUGUGGAAAGUUUGCGCUUAUGAGUUGCGCACCAUAAAACGUAAUGGUCAUUUAUAUGUGGCUAUGGCAAAGCAGUUAACUGCCUUAGGUGUACCUGUAUCUGCAUUGGAAGUACAUUUCAAAGUAAACAAUUUGACGCAACGUUAUAGACAAGAGCAAAAAACUUUCGAGACCACUGGCAUAAUAAGCACGUGGAAAUUCUACUCACAAGUGGAUGAUGUUUUCAAAAGUUUGGCGGGCCAAGCUGGAGAUAAACGCAUUAUGACACCUGCUUCAAAUCCGGGUACUUUGCCUUCGGCAUCGGAAUCUCCCGUUUGGAAGAAUCAAAUGUCGCAGCAAGAGUUCAACAGUAAUAAUUCUGAAGGUUUUUAUAAAUCUGAGUAUGGAAUGCAUAGACAUUUUAUGGAUCACACCCAACCACCACCGAAUCAAAACAACGAUGUGAAUUUUAUGGCCUCUACAGCCGCUGCUGCUGCAGUUGCGGCUGCUUCAGCACAUCUUAAUCCAACGCCUAAUAAUACAAAUACUAAUGGUGUAGUACCCAACUACAACAACAAUAACAAAAUUAAAAAACCAACAGAGGAUUACGACAAAUUCGUGGAUAUAGUGAAAAAUAUUGUCGAUAAUCAUAAAGCAACACCGGAUAAAGUAGAUACAUUCGGUGACUUUAUAAAAUCGUAUAUGAGACGUUGGCCUGAUCGUUUGCAGGACGAAGCCAUCAAUCACAUAACAAAUUAUGUAAUUGUUAAAAAUAUGGAAAAUUCGAUGAAUAAUGGUGGAGAUGGUGUGAAUAAUAGACAAUAAUACAAAUGAUUUUUGUAAGAAAAUUUGGGUUAUAUAAGAUAGAAGAAAAUUUGCAAUGUGUUUAGUCUUCAAGUCGGAUUUAGUUUCAAAAAAGUCUACAUAAUUUCAAGUAAUGGUAAAGAUUUCGUUUUGGGACUAAGUUUAAGUUAUAUAAAAUUUUAGAGUUUAGUAAAAAUAUAUUCAUGCUUAUGCAUACAUACAUAAAUGUUUGCUUUUAAUGCACAUGAGAUAUAGCUAUUAACUUUUAUACCUUAAGAAUGAAUUUUACUUAUAGUUAUAUACAUUUAAGUUAAAUGAAAUGCUUUUACUU